AUGUCAACUAUGGGAGAAUUUGACUCAGACUUUUACCAGUCUAAUUAUAUUAUUGAUAAUCAACAACAAGGUUAUGAUGGUGCUGAUGCUUAUGGAAAUCCAUAUGGACUCAUAGAACAGCAUUCAACAGAACUGCCCCACCCUUCAGCUUUUGUUCUUCCAGAGAUGAUCACAUCUUCAGGUUACACCGGACAAUUUUUUCAGCCGACAUAUAAUUCGGAUUAUUAUUCUCAGCCGGCUUAUGCAAACGGUUUUGAUGAAGAGCCACCUUUGCUAGAAGAUAAGUUAAGCAAAUAACUUGGAAUAAAUUUUGAUCACAUUUGGCAAAAAACGCUGACAGUGUUAAAUCCUAUGAAACCAGCAGAUGGCAGCAUUAUGAAUGAAACUGAUCUUACAGGCCCCAUGCUUUUCUGCAUAGCCCUGGGAGCAACCCUGCUUCUGGCGGGAAAAGUUCAGUUUGGCUACGUGUAUGGCAUGAGUGCAAUUGGGUGCCUUGGGAUUCAUGCUUUAUUGAACUUGAUGAGCCCUUCAGGAGUGUCAUAUGGAUGUGUGGCAAGCGUGCUGGGUUACUGUCUGCUCCCUAUGGUCAUGCUGUCCAGCUGUGCCAUAUUCGUCUCACUGCAGGGGACCAUUGGGACCAUAGCAGCACUAAUCAUCAUUGGAUGGUGUAGUCUAUCUGCAUCCAAAAUCUUCAGUUCAGCACUGACUAUGGAAGGACAGCAACUUCUAGUUGCCUACCCUUGUGCCUUAUUUUAUGGACUUUUUGCUCUCUUGACUGUUUUCUAA